CUUCUUAGGCCUUUGACUACAAAACCAUGUAAACCCAACCAAACUAUAUCACUAUGCAUGCUCCAACCGUCACCCGCCAAUAGCCGUUAGUUUUAAAUACCUCCAUAAAUCCCCUUCUUCCUUCCUCUUUUCCCACUCUCACUUCAAAACCAAAACAUUCCAGAGAGAGGAAAAAAAAAAACCACAAGAAAACGAAAAAAGAAGAGAAAAUCUCAAGAAACCGUUCAAGAAUGGGUGAAGUUCACCAACAACAAGAAGAACCCACCAUUGCAAUUAGGGUUCCCAAUCACAUUUGUCAAAUGUGCGGUGAUCAGACCCAACAACAACAACAACAACCAAUUCUUGACACCACCACCACCGCCGCCACCGGCGGCGAUGAUUACUCAGCGGUGGACCCCACCACCAGCCAAUUCUCCAUGAUGCACCUCAACAGCUGCAGCGCCUGCAAACGACGCCGCCGUCGCCGUUUCCACGCAUCCGCCGUCAACAAGCGCCGCUCGCCGUCGUCCUCUUCCUCCGGGGAACCGAGCGCCAAGAAGCUGUUUUCUGACCAGGAGGAUCUCACCCGCCAUGGUUUCUCCGCCGUUUCACUUCCUUUCCCUGUUCUUCGCCGCACGGUCUCUGCCUCGCCGGAACUUGCGGCGGACUUGCCUGGGUACUCCACGCCGCCGGCGAGGAGGUCUGGUUUGCCCCCUCUGCCUCCGAGUCUCAGGAGAACUGUCUCUGAUCUCAGUCCUUCGCCGGUUAAAGCUUCCCCUCGUUCUUUGAGCUCUGAAGAAACCACCCCUGAUUCAACGAAGCUGAGAAAGAUGGGGGAUCUUAUGAGGGAGAUGAUGCAAAGGUGUGAUGAAGUUAUGAAAACUGAGGAAGAAGGAGAUGAAGAGUGUGCAGUUGCUGAAAUUGACAAAGUCCCAUCUCAGGAUGAAUUGCAUAGAGAUUCUGAAGAAGCUGUAAGCGUGGAAUGGGCUGAAAAAUGCCUGCGUCUUGCCUUUCGUUGCCCGUGUGGAAAAGGCUAUGAGGUUCUGCUCUCGGAAAAUAACUGCUACUACAAGUUGGUCUAGAUGAAUUUGUAGACUUGAUUCCUUUUAAUUUGAGAUCACUCUUGUCUUUAUCCUGUUUUAGAUUUGCAGAGUCUUUUCUGUUCUCAUAGCAUGUUGUAUUUUGUUGUAAGUUGUAACUAGAAGCAAUGUACAUCAAUUACAUUCAAAGAUGUAAAAUAAAAUGUAAUGUACUAUCUUAGCAUGUUUCCAAGGAAAUGAAUAAAAGGAUGU